UCAAACCACUGGUUUGAAAAUUUUGGUGCCAUUCACUUUUUCAAAAGGUAUCUUCGUUAAGGUUGUGAUGUCUUCUUCUUCAGCUUAGGCAAAUUUAGCAAAUCGACAGUCCUAUAUGUCAUUUGCAAGGAAUCGCUAAAGGCAGAGCAGCAACGCAAAGCAAAGCUUGAGAUUUGUGACCCAAACUUCGGUCCCCACUUCCUUUUCCUCUUUCUCUGCUUUUCAUUAACCCUAAGUCUUUCUUCUUCUUCUUCUUCUUCUUCUUCUUCUGUAUCCAAAACAAAAAUCUUCUGGGUUCUUCUAUGGCAGAUACAGAGCCUGACAACAUCAGACACCGAAAGCUACUACCUGAGAAAAACCUAGCCAACCCAAGUAAGUUCUAUUCACAUUUCCUAUACAAAGCUCUUAUAGUUACAGUUUUCGUAGUUGUUCUUCCAAUCUUUCCCUCACGAGCCCCUGAAUUCAUCAACCAAACUGUAUUCACCAGAAGCUGGGAGCUUCUACACCUCAUUUUUGUCGGUAUCGCCGUCUCUUACGGACUAUUUAGCCGGCGAAACGAUGAAACUGAGAAAGAAAAUAGCAACUCUAAAUUCGAUAAUGCGCAUACGUAUGUGUCUAGAUGGCUGGAGGUAUCAUCGGAUUUUGAUGAUGAAGCCGAAAGCCCAUCUGGGUCUGAUGAGAGCAAGGUCCAAACGUGGAGUAGUCAGUACCGUAGGAAUGAACCAGUGGUUGUUCUAGCCCAAGAACACUCUGUUCAUGCUGAACAGAGAAGUACAGGUGAAAAGCCGCUGCUUUUGCCUGUUCGGAGCUUAAAAUCACGGGUGCCUGACCCAGGCGUUGUAGAUUCUGCUAAUGAAUCCUACCCUAGUGGCUACUCCUCGGGUUCCAUUAGUAGGUCUACUUCCAAACCCAGUUCCAAAGGGUUUUCGGGGAAUUCAAAUAAAACUAGAAAUGGCGGAUUGGGAGGUUUGGACCCGCUUGAACUGGAGGCGAGGUUGAUGGACAAUGUUGUGCAUCCUUCUCCAGUUUCAUGGCGAUCGAGGUCUGGAAGAAUGGAAAUGGAAGAAGAUGUUGAUAGUCCUACACUGUAUAAUCUACCUCCUUCAUUUGAGGAAUCUGAAUUUAAUCGGCUCAAAUCUCGGUCUUCUAGCAGCAACCAAAUGCCUCAGUCAUCACGAUCCAGUUCCAACACUUCUUCAAAGUCGUCUCAUUCACACUCUCUAUCUUCGGCAAGAAAGUUAUCUCCUUCACCUUCGUUUUCUGCAGAAUCACAAGCCAAAAAUGCGGAGGAUUUGGUGAGGAAGAAGAGCUUUUUCAAGUCUCCACCUGCACCUCCUCCUCCACCUCCACCUCCACUGAUUCGCAGAUCAUCUUCAGUGCGGCCUAAUUCUACCUUUGUGAGUGAUGGGGUUUCGUUGGAAAAGGAAUUGAGGCGACGCUUCACAAGUGAACCAAAGAAAUUGAAUAAAAGGGUAGGUGAAAGUCAGGUGGGUAGAGUGAAUCCUGGGGUGGAAAUGAAGGUUAGAAGAAUAAGAGCCAGUGAAACAGAGGCAGGAGCUGGGGGAGUCACAGAUUUUGGAGAAGAUGCCAUGAAUGAUAAAUUGGAGAAAGGCCUAAAGGAAGCUCAGUCGACCCAGGUGGGAAAAUCAGGAUGGAAAAUAAUGGGAUUCGAUCAAACAUCGUCCCAGACCAAGAGACUGGGAGGGGAAAGCGUCCCUGUAAUGUCAAACCCUGAUUUCAUGGAAUUAUCAGGGGAAGAAAACCAAGAGACUAUGGUUUCUGAUGAAGACACUGAAAGUGAGGAUGAUGGCAUCGGAGGAAGUCCAAGCAAUGGUGUAGGUUUAAACCACAAGGAAGCUGCUUCGAGCAAUUUCAGUGAUGGAGGAGGAGGAGGAGGACCUGAUGUGGAUAAAAAGGCUGAUGAGUUCAUAGCCAAAUUCAGAGAGCAAAUUAGGCUUCAAAGAAUUGAGUCCAUCAAGAGAUCGAGCGGGCAGAUUAAGAGAGACUCUUCAAGGUAAAGUUGAAUGUCCUCCAGUCUUGAAGAGUUUAAGCUGGAUGGAUUUAAAGCCGGUGUUUGAACUUUGUUUUUCCCUUGGUUCUAUGGUUUCCUAUUUAAUUACUCGAUGUUAUAGUAUUUUAUUUUAUUUUUGAUAAAAGGACUUCA